AAUACAAUGGCCCAUCAACAGUAGCGGGAAAUUCGGCAUUGUUUCGAAGUUGAGCGAGUUCCGCUAGUUUUUUUGUUAGAAUUUGUUAGAAAUGUGUGAUACUGGAAACCUUAUUGACCUGACCGGCUGGGAUGAACCGCAAAAAGAAGAGACCAUUUUGGAGGAACCAGAAGCCUCAAUGGUCGUUGAGUCCAACAGUUUCAAGGGACCCUACGAUCCCUUCGAUUCUGUUGCGAAAGAGGCUUGCAUCAAGGGAAUUAAUUUGACGACACAACAAAAAGAGAAGGAGGAGGCAAAGGUAGCAGAAAAUCCGUAUCCCGAUCUCGAAAAUGAAAGUCCACCCGUUUGUAUGCAUACGGAUGUGGCGCCCGGCGAGGCUUCACGUCCGCCCCACCGAUCUACAAACAACUCGUUUCAAAAGCAAUUGCUCAAGUUGAAUGCCUCGCGAUCGGUGAUAAAUACACCGCCGCAUCAUGGCGCAAAAUCCAGGGGAGCAGCAGGAGGAGACUCCCAAUUUGAGAAAACAAUUCUGGCCGAAAAUCUGCAAAUGAUUGCUGCCGAAUCGCCGCUCAAGCUGAUAGAAGACGAGCCGCCCGCUGACAGUGGCUAUCGUUCCAGUGCCAAUUUCGAGGAGGAUUUGAAAAUGCUACGCAUACCCAUACUGGACGCCAUGACGGCCAAGGAAGAAGAGCCCAAAACAACAGAGGAAUUUCACAGGGCAGAUUUCCAGACGCCCGACAAUCAAUCGCAGUUGGGGCAUCAAUCAAUCAGAAAGAAUGUGGGCCAACUGUUGCAGGAGCUGAAAACUUUAGUGCAUGACAAGGUGGAAAUUACGAAGAGGUACCACUUUGACUCGGUGAUUGAGUCGCUGGAUGCAGCCAUCUUUGGUGGCUGUACGGCAGCGACUAAUCUUGCAGGAGAUGUGGACCAUACCACGCCAGUAACAACAUUGCCACACGCGUACACUCGGCAGGGAACCUUUGACCUCGAGCUGAAAGACAAGAGAACAAUGUCUAUGGAGGAGCAAUUGCCACCCGGCAGUAAAAUGCAGGAAUUUCCAGAUGCCAUGGUCUGCUCUUCGGCCACAUUCGAUGGCGACUCGCGUCCCGAUAUAUAUGACAAGGACUUCCAUCCAAUGAGUGCCCCACCUGCACCAGUGCCCCUAAAGCGAGAGCCAUUCAUGACCGAAUUGGUGGACGAAUCCCUGGCCCAUCAAAUUAAUGAGCUUCUGGAGCGUCACAAUCGCAGCCACAACGAACAGCAUGGCGCCGAUCCACGAACAGUCAUUCUGUUGGUGAAUCCCAGCAAUGGGGGCCAGUUCCAGACCAGCUGCUUUGUACAGCCACCAUCUGCAGAGCUGCAGCCGGCAGGUAAAGCGAUUGUGUCCAACGAUGAGGCGGGCUCAAUGCGUCGACGAUCCUCGUCUCUGUCCAUACACGACAAGUCCAAGCUGCUGCCGGAAAGAAAGGCCAAUCAGUUGAUUGAAAAUAUACAGAAUGUGCCACCAAAAGAGCCACGAAACACACCAUUGAGCAGCAGCAUCGCUGGCAGCGGUCCGCCGCCGUUCAGACAGCGUCGUAAUUCGUUUUCGAUUGUCAAUCCGCCAGUAAAGGGAGCCGAUGCCAAUAGGCGCUCAAUACUGGCCAGCCGCAUGAAGACACCGUCCAUUAAUGAAUCCAUGUCCAAAUGCAAUGGUACAGCAAUGAAGGCAUCUAUACCCAUUAAGCGUGUCAUUCCAACUGUAAAGCCACUCAGUGUGGCGCCCAAUGAGGGAACGUACCUCAAUCCCGUCCAUCCGCCAGAGACGCCCAUGCCAGUGAAGCCAAAGGCUGGCCAAAAGAUAUUUUGCACGAGCACACCGCUGCCACAGAUGCGCUCGCUGCAGCGUAGAUCAUUGAAGCCAGUGUCGGUGAAUGCUGUGGUCAAUGCAUCCUAUUCCACGCCAAAUAUCAGGCGCCCCAGCUUCUCAAAGAAGCCGGGUUCCGGAUAGGAAGACCACGCCAGAGCAGAGCAGGCAAGGCCACCAAUGUCGUAUGAAAGUGAAUUAUUCCAAUUGUGAUGUUGUUUAACCUUGAAGAUAAACCUUUCAGAAUGGUCGGUAUGGCCGCAUCACGCAGCGUGUUUUGGCUAUCUCCCAACUGAAGUAUUAGUUUUGUUUUGGUUUGUUUUUUUUUUGUUUAUGAUACCUUAAGAUAAAGCGAACUGAUAUGUGGAAACACCGCCCGCACCUCCAGCACAGUACUUAAUAAGUUUAAACAGAAAUACUCGUUCUAUUAUUACCAGAAAUAUUCUUUCUAUUAUUAUCCUAAGGACAAGAGAGCAAUUUACUUGAAAAUCUUUGCUCAGAGAGAGAGAGAGAGAGAGAGAGACGGAACCUGAACACUCUUCAUUUAUGAUUUAUCAAAUAAAAUAAAAAAGGCUUAAGCCUUUA